AUGAAUGAAACCGCCCAGCAGGGAAAUAGCAACGGCGACACAGAACCUCAUGACCAUGACGAUGCAACCUGGAUCUUGACAAGUGCAUUUACAAUUUUUACAAUGCAGUCAGGAUUCGGUCUUCUAGAAUCCGGGUUUGUUUCAUUGAAAAAUGAAGCAAACAUUAUGGUAAAGAACGCUGUUGACAUCGUCUUUGGUGGAUUUUCAUACUGGUUGUUUGGAUAUGCGUUCAGUUUCGGGAUCACACAGAAAGGCAAUCCUUUUUGUGGACUGGGUUAUUUCUUGACAGACGCAGAGGGAAGCAGAAUGGGUCAGAUAUAUUCCCAGUAUUUUUUUCAGCUUUCAUUCGCCACUACAGCGACCACCAUUGUUUCUGGUGCAAUGGCGGAAAGAAUCAAACUCAAAGCCUACAUCUUGUACUCAUUCCUGAACACUCUGACAUACAGCUUCCCAGCACAUUGGAUUUGGGAUGAAAACGGUUUUCUGCAUACAAUGGGAGCAGUAGACAUUGCUGGAUGUAGUGCUGUGCAUUUGGUUGGUGGAGUAAGCGGUUUAGUGGCGACGAUGAUGCUAAAGCCACGAAGCGGACGAUUCGACAAGAAUUCUCCUCCAAAACAAAUGGCUUCACCGACAAAUGUGCUCUUAGGGACUUUCAUGCUGUGGUGGGGAUGGUUGGGCUUCAACUGCGGAAGUACACUGGGGAUAACUGGCAUGAGAUGGAAGCUAGCCUCAAGGUACCUAAUCUAAACACUUUUCUUUUUUUCUCAGGCCUAAGAGAUACCGCCAGAAUAAACACAAUUUCCCAGCGUUGUAGCAAAUUUUUAAGAAAUACUUCCAUUUCGCCCUUUUUUUGUCUUUGUUUGGUUUUACUAAGCACUCUUACGUAAUGAUUAUCGAAUACAUAAUUGCUAUCUUGAGGAAAACUGUUCACUGGUCAUCAUCUUUGGCAAGAGGUGAUCAGAUAUUCAGCGGCUGUUUCAGCUCGGGAAAUGUCCUGAUUAGAGCAUAUCCACCAACACGUUUUGAUGUGUCUCGAAGUCUCGUUUUUCGGGUGAUUUUGCGUCUCGUUCGGCUCAAAUUUUGAAGCCAGCAGCGUCUCGCGUUUCUCAAAGUCUCAAAUUUACCAUUCUAAACCCUUGUCAUGGGUUGGCCGGCUAUAAUAAAGUCACUUAACGUAUAUUAUAUUAAAGUUUUCAUUCUGUUCUUCGUUCUGUCCAUUAGCGGCAACAAGGUGGCCUGCAAAAAACGAGCAUUAUUAUUUAUUCCAAAUAUUUAUCCUUUUCUGAUUGACUCUUGUCAUUGGCUAAUUCUUCAUUACUAGCUAGCGUUGACAAAAUUUUGAAGACGUUUAGUGAUAUCUAGUCAAAUUACAUCAAUAAUAUACAACUAUCCCCUGAAGGGGAGGUGAAUAUGGUAAUAUAUAUACCACGAAGUAUAUAACUACCGCUGUUCACCGACCCUGAGGGGGAUAGUUGUUUUAGUAUUUACCAAAUCAGUUGGAUAUACUUUUUGUAAACUAAAAACGUCACUUAGUAGGAACUUUGUUUCCAAUUUACAAUUAUUUCGGGGAUUUUGUGAAGAGCAUUUUUACGAUUUUGUUGCAAAUUCAGCAUGAGAUUAAUUCUCUACAUAACCUGCGUAGCAGGCUCUUGCAAGUAGUGGCCGCAAGAAAGAACGGGCGCACGACAGGGAGACACGCGUUCUUUGCGCCCAUUACUUCCAAGCGCCUGCCGCACAGGUCUACACAGGCUAUUCUCUACCUAACAGUAAACACCGACAAGCCAAAGUUCGUUGCUUUCUUGAUAUUUGUUUGUGGACUGCUUCAUUUAUCGCUCAAAUUUGGUCCUCCGAAAAUGUCUCGGUGCAAGACGCCGUCUUGGCUCCGGUCGCAAAACAUUGAAUAGCUAAGGGUAUUCCGAGUUACGGGAGCCAAUCAAAACGCGCGAAAAUUGCUAUUCACCGAUUUGGUAAAUACUUAUACAAGCUAUGGCCAUGACAACAGAGAAGUCCUGGGGGCGAGAUUUGUUUUUUUAAAAAAUUCCAAAUCGCUGGUACUUCAUCAGCGAUGUGAAGUGUCAGGGUUGCGUAACACUUCACGUCUUUGAUAAAAGUCGAGCAACUCGUACGAAAAAUUUAUUUUUUGUCUUAAAUUUUGCCAUAAAUCUUGAAAUUUUUUCUAUACUAAAUGUCUUCGCCAGAUCAGGUGAAAUACCCCUGCAUGUAACAUAGUUUGUUUCUUUGUUCCUCGUUUCGUCAUUGUCAUUAAUUCAGUGAUCUGAUUCAAUUUUCUUAAUACCACCCCAGUUACUCCUUUCUUAACGCCUUUUCUCUGAUGGUGAUCGUGUUUUAGUGAUGAGCAAGUACUGAAUGGGAGGGGAACUAAAUGACAAUCAUGACCGCUCAUUUAAUUCAUGCAAAAAAUUAUUUCCACUAGGUCGGCGGUUGUGACGAUAAAUGGAGCUAUUGGAGGUGGAAUUGUGGGAACAGUGUACAGGUAUAUGAGCUGUUAUCUUCCAUCUGCUCAAGCUUACGAUAGAAUAUACCUGUCCAGGAUAGAACGCUAAUUACACGCUUGGAGAUUUUUACUGAUAGGUAACACACCAGUGGCGGAUCCAGGGGAGGGGCCGGGGGGGCACCGCCCCCCCUUAUUUUUGGACCAAAUUGAGGCCGGUCUUCCCCUUAUCUAUCCCCCCCCCCCUUAUCUCAAGGUCCGGAUCCGGCACUGCACACGGUUUUGUUCUCCCCAUCAGGGAGGGAUAUUUUCUGCUUGUCACACGUACCUAAGCCCGUAUCACCCCUCCCUGUCCCUCUCGGAUCUAAACCUUGAUACCUGCGUUAACUGUCUUCGUGAAUAAAAGCCUCAUAAAAGGUCACCAAAUCAAAAUUAUUCUGUCAGAUAUAAAAUAACAGCUCAGUUAGAUUUGAAAAACUUAUAAUACAAUGUUUUGGUUCACUCGACUCUUGGGUAAUAGUGACCUUGCUUGCGAUUGGAAUCAUCCCUCUUGUUCAGUCCGUUUAGUCACACGGCUUACCAUCUAACUCUAUGUAUAGACCUUUUUACCGAUACGGCGGCCAUAUUGAAUUAAUUCGAUUUAAGGAGUAUUAUAGGAUGCCCAGGGGGCAUGAGCACAUUACGUUUGUAUUUUCGAGCGCUUUUCGGGACAUUUUUUGGUAAAGUUUUCUUAGAAUAAAUUUUUAAUGGAAAAAAAGAUCGUUUUACCGUGUUUGGAUGUAAUAAUGAUCGCCUUUUUCAAUAGUUUAGUAUUAGAAAUAUAAUGUUUCACUGUAAAUUUCUCGGAAAAAAGGCGAAUGUCUCAAAUUAUGGUUCUUGGUUCCAUUAAAAACAAUAAUUAAUUGUUGGAGAUUUUACGUUUCCAAAGUAUUGCUUUUCUUUUUAUUUAUUUAAUGCAGUCCUUUUUUUGAUUUAAGAUACUCGCCUGUUUACCUGCAUGGUUAAUGAAAGGCCAAUCCUUUUUUUUCGUACUCUGUAGUUACGUUGUCUACAAAAACAAAUUGGACAUACCAUGCUUCGUCACCGGAAUCAUAUCAGGUCUCGUGUCCAUCACAGGUCAGUGCAGAUCGACUGAGAGUACGGUUUAAGGGGUUCCAGUAAGGGCACUCCUUAUUUGGCUAAAACGGAUAUGUGCUGCCGAACAGGAUAUGGUUUUCAGGAUCUUGAAUCUUGACCCUCGGACGUACAAGGGGGUGGGGAGGGGGGGGGGGGGUGGUUAGGGUUAGGGUUAGGGUUAAGGUUUUUCUAAUUUUUUCCCUGGGCGAUAAAACAUCUGCUCUUGAAGUUUUCUGUAGCUGUUCGUUUAUCCUUCGCGCACAUUUUGAGACAAGUUUACUGAUGGUCAGUUACUAUGGUUACCAGAUAUGACGUCAUAAGUAGCAGGCGGUCGAGCCAUUUUUGAGUGGAAAUGCAUGUUUUUUCAACUUUUUUCGACAAUAAAAGUAAAACUUGUGGAUGAAAUGAUGCAAAGUAAUUAUUUAUGUGUUAUUUUACAUGUUAAGCGCAAAAAAGUAUUAAUUCUCACUGUUUUUACCUUAUUUCUAAUUCUUGAUAAAAUCCAAGAGGGCGGCCAAGAUGGCGACCAUGUUUGGUGACGUCACAGACCUUCGGCGGCGUCACCACCAAUAAAAUAUACCUCAUCUUGUAGAGAAGAUCAAAGGCUUUCCACUGAAGGCAAAAUCGUUUCAAAAUAUUGCAACAUAUCAAAAACCCAAGGAGGUGGGGGGGGUGGGUCCAUACAUACAUACAUGCAUACACCCAUACGUGUUUUAUUUAUUUGGAGUCUUAUACAAUAAAUAGUAUAUCAACUACUUCCAAAUAACUGAAGUUACAAAAAACGAAAAAUUUUUGGAGACCCAAAGCCUUUAAAAGAGUAUGUGAAGGUUGCCGAGGCCUACAUGUUUUGUACCAAAAACUUUUUUCCUCCAAAAAUCUAAUUCUUUGAUGCUGUCUUAAGAAUUCUGUGUGCGAAACGAAAUGAAUCAGGGUCACAUGACGAAAUUCGAUCUUUUGUCUGAACAGGUUAGCGAAAUGAACGAUCUUUGUCGUAAACAAGGAAAGGUGUGGAAGGCUCCUGAGGCACAACCCUACCCAACUUUACUUUGAGUGCCCCCUCUCCCCUCUCUCGGGUUAAAGGGCCCAGGGGCGUAGCGGUCUCUUCUCCAGUACGUACCUGCGUAAAUGGGAUUAAUUUGGGUUUCUGGGAAACUGACCACCUACCCCUCCCCUAAGCCAACAUUUUGCCCAAAGUGAGAAGUAAGUGAUAAUGUCGGCUUAGGGGAGGGGUAACUGGACAGUUUCCCUGAAACCUAAACUGAUCCCGUAAAUGUACCUGGAAAAAGAAUAGCAGAAAUAAAUGGAAGUUAAAUGAGAGUCGAUAACUGAGAAAAACACAAACACCUCAAGUCAUGAUAAAACUUCGAUUACAUGUAUUUCUUUCAAAUGAUCUUUUUAAAUCAAAAGGCAGCUUUUUUUCACAUGCAAACGUUAGUUUUUUUCUCGAAUGGCGUGAUCGGUGUACCUAUGAUUAAUGUUGAUGCAAGUGCUGGAAAAAGGCGGGCCGGUGACCGUACUAAAGAUAAGGAAAAGCCCAGUUUGGAAAUACAAAACACAGCAAUUCCGAGAAACUUGUUUUCGAAUAAUAAUCAGCGGUCAAGGUAAGAGGUCUUUGUCUCGAAAACGGCAAUUAUUAAGGAGGUUCAUUACAUUGACUGAUGGGGAAAAAGGCAGUGAUUCUGAUAUGACAGGGAGCAAGCUUAAUGGUCCUAAAUUUGUAUCUAAUGUGUCUAAUCUAAUCCCAAUUUUCAGCUAUCUGCACUCUCGCUCGUCCCUGGGAGGGAAUAGUUAUUGGUGCAGUGGGUGCUCUAUUUGCAUGUCCCGGAUGUGCUCUUCUUGAUCGACUCCGAAUCGAUGACCCUGUUGGCUGUGUUCCCAUCCACCUCUUUGCUUCAGUCUGGGGGCUCUUGGCUGUUGCCCUGUUUGCUGAGAAAGACACUUUCGAAAACUCAGUUUCUGAGGAUUUUGGAAUCUUUAAGGGUGGUCCUUGGAGAUUUUUGGGAGUACAGGCACUUGCGAUUGUAGCUGUUUCCGUGUGGACCGCGAUUGUUACUUUUCUGGAGCUGCUAUUGGUUGAUAAGCUGGUUGGAAUGCGCGUAUCCCCAAGGGAAGAACUUCUGGGCGCUGACAACGUUCAACAUGGAAUUGAACGAAGCUGUAGUCAAUCCGUGUGUUCCUGUGGACCAGCCAAUACUGCCGACAACAGCAAUGGUCCGGAAACGAUAUCUUGCGGAUCAGGGAGACUCUUUGAACGUCUCCCAAUGCCUUGGUCACCGUCACACUCUUUUUCUUCGCCAGUACACCGUGAAGCUCCAUGGAAAGCGACGUUUGAGCGACAGUCAGGAGGUUUUCGUACUGGUAACAUAGUACAUUGA